GAUGACGCAACAGGAAGCAGGGCCGCUGUUAGGAUGUUGAAACAUCGAGGGCUCAGCCAGCAGGAACAGCUUUAGAGUUUCACUGUAUGAUAAUAACACCAGUUUCAAGUUCAUCUCCAGUUGUUUUUCCAAUGGAGACGAGGUACCGACCCAUUUUAGAGAGUCUGGUUCCCCGUGACCCCCUGACCCAGUUCCACCUGAGGAGAGGUUCUCCUGAUGACGAGUUUCCCGACCUGUGCAGGAACUCUACCUGGAUGGGACGGAUCCUCACGCCGGCCAUGUACCGCCGACAGUUCGACCGCUGCACCCACAGUGGAGUCAUGUUCGAUGAUGUCAUCCGCCCAGGCCUCGAGGAACCAGGCGACUGGUCAGGUCCUGUAUCUGUGGGCUGUGUCGCAGGCGACGCCCAGUCUUACAUCCUGUUCUGUGACUUCUUUGACCGAGUCAUCGAGGCGCAUCACGAACACAAGAUCAAAAGCCAGACGCCAGAGAGCGACUUCAACUACGACAACUUGAAGGGUGGUGAUGACUUGGACAGGUCAUUCGCUGUACGCUGUGAGGUGAGUGUUGUUCGAGGUGUCGAAGACUUCUGCUUCCCGACACACUGCAGCCGAGGAGAGCGCAGACAGCUCCUCACACUGGCCAGGAAAGCUCUGCAGCGGCUGGAGGACGAAGAACUGCCGGGUCGACUCGUCUUAAUAGAGGAGCUGAACCAGGAGCAGCAGAGGGAGCUGAACCUCAACCCUCCAUCUUCCACUCAGCUUCGUACCGGCAUGGCCCGAGACUGGCCCGACGCCAGGGCAGUCUGGGUGAGUAACGAUGGCAGCCUGAUGGUCUGGGUCAACAUGGACGACCACCUGAGACUUGUGUCCACACGAGACGACACCAACAUCACAGAGGCCUUUAAAUGCAUCUGCAUCCACCUGCAGAAGCUGGAGGGUUUCUACAGAGAGCUCAGACACCCCUUCAUCUGGAAGCAGCAGCUGGGCUGGGUGACGAGCUCUCCGGCCGACGUGGGAACGGGUCUGAGGAUUAGAGUCCACCUCAAGCUGCAACACCUCCCCAAACACAGACGGCUGCAGGACGUCCUGAAGAGACUGAGGAUCUGCAUGGACCGACCUGACACCGACGUUUCACCAGAAUCCCCGGCGCUGUAUCGUGUCAGCAAUGUGGCGACCUUCGGCGUGAGUGAGGUGGAUCUGACCCAGCUGGUGGUGGACGGGGUCAAACUACUUAUCGCCAUGGAGAAGAGGCUGGAGGGGGGCGGAGACAUCGAUGAUCUCGUUCCUACACAGAAGUAGAUCUGGAUGAUGAUUGGCCGGAGUGACGGGGAACAACAAGCGUCUUUAAGAUUAUUCAGAAUGAUCAUUUAAUGACAAUGAGCCUGAUCAGAUCAGACGGUCUGAAAUCCCUGAAAUAAAAGUUUGCUUCAG